CAUGCCAUCUCUUUCUUGCUCUCUUCCCUUUCUGCUCAUUACUUCACUCUCUUUGACUUUGUCUUUACAGUAGUUUGUUUUCAACAAUCUCUCCUCAACUACAUGGAUGAUCGGGCCAAUGACUCCACCAAUGGUCCGAUCAACGGCUCGGAGAGGUCCGAGCCAGUUCGGUCCCGGUGGACCCCGAAGCCUGAACAGAUCCUGAUCUUAGAAUCCAUCUUCAACAGUGGGAUGGUGAACCCACCCAAAGAUGAGACUGUGAGAAUAAGGAAGCUCCUUGAGAAAUUUGGGUCAGUGGGGGAUGCCAAUGUCUUCUACUGGUUCCAAAAUCGACGGUCCAGAUCGCGCCGGCGGCAACGUCAGAUUCAGGCUGGCCUGGCAAACGACUCACGGAUUCCCGUCAUGGGCCGUGCUGGCAGUGCAAUUCAAUAUGAAUCCACUUCAGCUUCCUCGGGCAGUGGAUGCUUAGUUUCUUCAUCUUCAGUGCCAUUUCCAGCCUCUUCUUCCUGUAUUUUGGCUUCUCCUUCUUAUCAUUGCGGAGGUUUCGUCGAGGAUGGCAGCAAUGAUCUAUUUUCAAUCUCUCAGCAAAUGGGUUUGGCUGAGAUCGAGCACACAUCGUCAGGUUCUUCCAUGUUUUGGCCUUCUGAUAAUUCCAACUUGCAUUACCAGUCUGGGUUUAUUACUGUGUUUAUCAAUGGCGUACCAUCAGAGGUCCCUAGAGCGCCUCUGGAUGUGAGAGCUAUGUUUGGUCAAGAUGUAAUGUUGGUCCAUUCCUCAGGAGAGCCGGUUCCAGUCAAUGAAUAUGGAAUUUCAUUGCAAAGCUUGCAAUUAGGAGAAAACUACUUCUUGGUUUCAAGGCCCACUUAAAUUUGAAGAAGAUCACACCCCAAGUGUUCGCACUUACAAAAUGAGAGAGAUUUUCCUCCAUGAUAUUAGAGACCCCUUUCCUUUCGAUACCAAGUUGGCUCACCAUCUUUUACUAUUACUUCUUCUUUUGUUUUUGUAAGGCUUGCAGAGCUGAUUAUCGCAUGCCUAAUCAAGCUUAUAGAAGCAACAUAUAAGAGAUGUCACAUAGGCAAGCCAUGUAAUUUUUGCACUUGUUUGAGUGAAAUCAAUGGAGUCUAGACGUCUAUAG